AUGCCUCCCAAAACACAAUAAGUUGUGAGUGUCAUUAAAGAUGAAGAAAUGUUUCUUAAUUUGAUAAGUUCAGAAAAUAAAAAGUUGGUCUUACUUGAUGUUCACCCAGAUUGGUGUGGACCAUGUGAAAUGAUGCACCCAACUUACAAAACCUUAUAGACAAGCAUCGAUGACUUUGAAAAAAGAGUGGACAUCUACACUCUCGGCUAUAGCAAAAUCGUCACCUACAAACAUGACAAAUUUAACAGAGAGCCAACCAGUAAACCCAGGUUUGUCUUUUAUUAAGAUGGCAGAUUGGUUGAUGAAGUAUAGGGAGCAGAUAUUCCAGCUCUUAUUGAAAGAGUAUACAAAUAUUUACCUAUGGUAUAUUGAUUAUUAUAAAUCAAAUAAUACAUUAUUCUAAUUCAUUUAUUA